AUGGGGACCAAUCAGCCUGGCCUCCUCGGCCUCUCAACUGAACUCCUCUUUCACAUCAUCAACUACGUCCAUCCAUCAUCGCAUCUCUCACUCGCCCUCACAUGCUCCAAACUCCACCGCCACUCCCAACCAAUUCUUGAUCGCCACCGCGCUGCCCACAGCAUCGUGUCCGACCUACAGCCUGAGAGUGUGCUCGAGCUUCUGAGGGGUGCUGAUCCAUGCAGUGUCGAGCUCUGGCAUGUGCGGGAGCUGGAGCUCUGGGGUAAUCGGAGUAGCUUGGAGGAAUGGCGACCAUGGGACGUGGGUAUGACGGGUACGGUACGACUCACCGACGCAGAGCCUAUCGAAUCAAAUCUGAAAAGAGAAGAAAUUAUGGGCUUCUUCUCAAUGGCGAAGCAAUGGUGGGAUAUACCCGAAGAUGAAUUCGACGCUGCGAGGAACGAGCUUGAGGCUGGCGGGGACGGUUUCCUCAAGAUGCUCAUGAUCGCCUCAUGUCCCAGACUGCACAGCAUCAGAUUCGCCAAGGAGAAAGAAGAUUACAUGCAUAAAAGUCUCCAUUGGAUGGCAAAGGCCGUAUCAUGGAGCAUGGACAGCGGUAGAUGGCCGCCAGGCUUCCAGUCCCUACGCAACAUUGCCAUUGGCGUCUGGACGGGGGUACCGACACCGCCAGAAGAACAAGAAGAGUGGGAGUUGGGCUUCUUUGACUUUGCAGCCGUUCUCAAUCUUCCUGCCAUUCACAGCGUGUACAUCAGAGACCUUUAUCCAGAGUGGAAGGACGAGGGCAACGAUGAUCCGGCUUCCGUGGAGGAGAAUUAUCGCCUCGAUCCCCGCUCGUCAACCAUUCAGCACAUCUACAUCGACCGCGCCCAAGGCCUACAGAUAUUCUACGAUCCCUUUCUGGGCGUCGGUAAGGAUCUACAGUCUAUGACUCUUCGGGGCCUCGAUGAUUGGAGCCAAUGCGAUGACACGGAUGCGAUCCCCGAGUCCUUGAGCAGAAACCACCCCGACACGUUCCGCAAGAUGACCUUUUACAGGCCGACGGGCCUUCAUGGAUAUAGGUGCGGUGUCUACAUGCCAGACCAGAUACGAGGCCCCUUCCCCGGCAUGAGGCAAGUGUCCGUGGGCAUAUCCGACAUCGAUCUGCUAGCCAUGGCAGAAAUUGACUCGAAGCCAACCAUUGAAGCGUACGUCGACUAUUGGUGUAACGGGUUCCUGCCAAAGAACCUCGAGGUCAUCAUGAUCUGGGGAGAGCCGGGCAACGGCAACGACUGGCUCGACCUGGACGACGAUGUUAUGAUGGACUAUACCGACACAGCCAUCGCUGCUGUGAUCAAAGCUGGCACCUACAAGAACCUCAAGGUCAUCUACCUCGACGAUAUCGAAAGGCAGACAGAAACUCAACGCCCAAGGGUCUGUUUCCAAAAGUCGAUCGCCGCGGGGAGGGAGAUGGGCGUGCACGUCUACACCCUGACAAAUAGGGAAGAUGGUGGGUACUGGAGGGAGUUUCCUGUUGCUGCAGACAAAUUCGAUCUGAAGACGGGGCCAUUUGGAGAGAGGCCUACUUCGUGGAGGAUCAAUCGAAGGGAAGGGGUGUGGGAGGAUCCAGGUUGUGAGGGAUGUGGAGAGUGUGAAGAGUGCUUGAGGGUAUACCCAGAACACGUGUGGAAGAGUGCCGCAGCUUCAGUAGCUGAGGGUCCAGAGAAGAUGGAUGUGCAUGUUGUCCAUAUUUGA